GGUUGCGAUGGUACCAACGUGGAAAGUCGAUCGGACGGUGGGACAAAGGGGAAUCAUAAUUUGUGACCUGGAUGGAGAGCAGAGCUAUGGCGGGCGAGGAGCACGACGAUGAAGGCGCUGCCCUGCGACCCCCAUGGCGCUCGAUUCCAGGUUCCUAGCCCCCAUUUUCCAGGCCACGGAUGGAUCGAUUGCCCCGGAAUCGCGGCGGCAAAUCGUCGAUGGUGGAGCAGUGUAUGGUAAUAGGUUCUCCCUAGUUCCUGGCGCCACCGGCAUUGGAUCAUCGCUGGCCCGUGCUUAUGACUUUUGAUCUGGGCGAGCUACGAAGUCAUAGGUCGAGAUGGAUGGAUGCGACCGGGAAAUGGUACGAUUUCUAUGAGGUGCUGGGGGCGCUUGUGAGUAGGAUUAUGGGGUGCUUUGGCUGCUGCUUUGGGCUGAGUAGGAAAUCUACCAAAGCUCCGAAGCAAGCGAGCUAUUAUCCGGCGGGAGCUUCGCAAGAGCAGCUGCUCAAGUUUCCAGGGAGUGAUACCGCGUCCAGUGGCAAGAGGAGUUCUUCGGCAAGGUUUUCGAGCAGUGGCCGGGAACUGGUGGGAGUUAGACUAGGAAAAUCGAGCCAGGAAAAUGGAUGGUCUGUGGAAAACGCUGCUGAUCCGGUGAUCGAUGUGAAGAUCACUCGACGAGCGAAUACUUCUCAGAGCUACGAUGGGAGUAAAAUGAUCAAUCAAUACGUCCGUCACGAAAGAAUUGGGAAAGGGAGUUACGGGAAAGUGGUACUGCACCGUAGCUUGUUUGAUCAAAAAUUUUAUGCCAUCAAGGUACUGAAUUGUCUCACACCAUGUGCUAGAUCUAACCGCUGUUUUUGUCCAUUGAAGGUGUUUGAUAAGUCGCGACUAGGGAAAAUUCGGGUAGCCCCGUCUGAAACUGCAAUGAUGGACGUUCGUAGAGAAGUAGAGGUAAUGAAGCACUUGAGACAUCCUAACAUUGUUAGAUUGAUUGAGGUCAUAGAUGAUCCAGAGUGUGACCAGCUCUAUAUGGUUCUGGAGUACAUAGAAGGGCAGCGAAUGUUUAAACAAUCUGGACCACCUGGUGGCCUUGGCGAGUCCACAGCGAGACGCUACUUCAGAGACAUCGUGGCUGGUUUGAUGUAUCUUCACAACAAUAAAGUUAUCCAUGGAGAUAUCAAGCCCGAGAACCUGAUGAUUACUGCCGAAGGCAGGAUCAAAAUUGGAGAUUUUGGUAUCAGUCGAACUUUCGAGGGCGAUGAUGAUCUUUUACGUCGAUCUCCUGGCACUCCUGUCUUCACAGCACCAGAAUGCUGUAAAGGCAUGGCAUAUCACGGAAAGGCCGCGGACGUCUGGGCUCUCGGAGUGACUUUGUACUGCAUGGUCACAGGACAGUAUCCAUUUGUUGGGGAAAACUUUCAGGACACUUAUGACAAGAUUGUCCAGCAAGAGCUCUCGGUGCCUCCUGGCCUGGAUCCCGAUCUUCAAAACCUGUUGGAAGGACUUCUCUGUAAAGAUCCCGACCAACGAAUGACACUAGAUGCUGCUUCAUGCCAUCCUUGGCUCCUUAAAGCAAGCUCCUAGAAAGGGGGCGUGACCUGUGCUUUUGCUUCAUGGCAUGGCACCAAUCUCGACUUCAUGUGGUUAAGAAACUGGAAGGAAGUUUUGGUAGACUACACUUCAGAAUGUUAGCAUUCCGGUCAAGAAGAAGUGGCGAAUCUCUUUCUCGGUAGCUUGUUUGUUGGAAUCAAAACACCCAAACACAGGAAAAAGGCAAAGCUGAUGAUGAUCGUCACGCACAAUAAACACACUCGCCACCAUCGAGGAAGUUUUGUUCCAAUCUAAGAAAACCUCAUAAAAAAAAACACGUUUGAGCCUAAAA